ACAAAGCAAGCGGCCACGCCUAAGCAACAGCGUGCAGUUGCAGACAUGUUUUGCAUUUAAGCAACGUGCUGCUUUUUAAAUGUAUAAUAGUUUAUGUCAAUUCAGAGAAUCCUGACUAAUAAGCAUCAAAGAAAAGAAUACACGUAAAAAUAUAAGACCUCGUUAAAAGUAAAAUGCUGGAGGUGUUUUUUUGAAGUUGUCAGUUAAGAGGAGGAGGGACGACACGGUGGAAACGCAGGUGGGACGGUUAAAGUGUCGAGUUACCUGGAUUUAGUUUUGCUCUGUCAGAAGAACUCGGGCUAUUAGGAAAGAAGCUCCUUUCUGAACUGCGCAGCAACAACACUCGGCUCCGUACACCGGCACGUUUUAACACAGCUUUGGGAUCACGGAGGUGGAGGUCAGGCGUCCUUCAAGCUAGAUUCAGUUACGCAGGUGUAGAUUGAUUAGGGUAGGGAGACCAGUUCAGGACCGCUCCUGGUUUUCCUGCUAAAACCCAGUGGAGGAAAAAAAAAAAAAAAAAGUGACAAAAGGCAGAAGAAGGAGAAUAUAGAGGACAGCAGCUGCUGAGGAAAGGGCCAGUGGUACGGUAUUUACCGAAAAGGACAAGUUCAUCAUGGGGGCAUCUCAGACAUCCUUUCAGGAAGCAGCGGAUAUCGACAUACCACUUAAUCCAAAUAUGCCAAAUGCUCAACAAAAACCCAUGGCGAACUCAAAACCUCAAGCAGCAAAGAUGUCAAGGACAAAGAAAAUAAUCUGGAUUCUGAUGGCAGUUGUGAUUUUGGCCAUAUUGGUCAUUGCAGGAUAUUUUAUUAAGAAGCUAAUUGAAACCCAUUACUACUACUGCACACGCUCGGCGAAGUUCAUCCCACUCGCUAAAUCCUGUGAUGGGCACGCUGAUUGCUAUGAUGCAGAGGAUGAGGCUUAUUGUACGUCAGAAUUCAAAGCAAACAGCACAUUCCCAGUGCGUCUAAUUUCCGCUGCUAGUGUCCUCCAAGUGUUCAAUGGCAAAACGUGGAGAACCGUCUGCAACGACGACUGGACCGCACAGCACACCGAGACUGCUUGCAAACAACUAGGAUACACAAAAUCCCCAACAAGCAAAAGUGUCGACGUUAGCACUUUGCAGUAUUCUUUAAAAACUGGACCAUUCGCAGCAGUCUGGAGUGGGAGUGGAAGCACACCAGUACAUCAGGCAACCACUGACCGCAGCGUGUGCCGCACUGGAUCUGUGGUCUCUUUGAAGUGCUCAGAUUGUGGACAGGUGAACAGUGUGGAUCGCAUCGUUGGUGGCGUGGAUGCCAAUAUAGAGGAUUAUCCCUGGCAAGUCAGCCUGCAUAAUGGCGGGCACAGGUGUGGAGGCUCACUGGUGUCAGCACGCUGGAUUGUCACUGCCGCCCACUGCUUCACCAAUAACAAAGAGGUGAGCCGGUGGACAGUGAUGUCAGGAGAGACAUUCAUGUCCGCAUUUGGAACCUCCUCUGUGGACAAGAUCAUAAUCCAUGAUCAAUACGAUGCAGAUAGAAACGACUACGACUUGGCAAUGAUGAGGCUGAGCAGCCCGAUCUCAGUGGGAGACAAACGCAAGCCGGUGUGUCUCCCACCUAAAGACCUCCCCGUUCCUGACAAGGCUCCUGUGGUUGUCACAGGCUGGGGAUUGCUGAGAGAAAAUGGGAAAACUGCAACUAGACUGCAAAAGGCCAAUAUCGAGAUUAUCAGUCGAAACACAUGUUCCGGUAUUUAUGGAUCCUUACUAUCGCAAAGGAUGAUCUGUGCUGGCACCUUGACGGGAGGCGUGGAUUCCUGCCAGGGCGACAGCGGAGGCCCCUUGGUGUACCUUUCCUCCUCCAGUCAGUGGAAUCUGGUGGGAGUGGUGAGCUGGGGAGAAGGCUGCGCUCGGCAAAACCGGCCUGGCGUCUACAGCAACGUGGAUGACAUGCUCAGCUGGAUCUAUGCAGUCAUUGAGAAAAACUCAUGAUGUUCCACUGUGACUGGAGCCACUACAUGGAUUUCAGGUAUUUUUACCCGAGACAGACUGUGAAGCUCAAAGUUCUUGUUUUAGCACUGCUGUAUGGAAAUAAGAGGACUUUUGGGGGAGAAGAGCGGAAUAUGCACAUUUGCUGUUAAUGAAACACUUGCAUUAUGCCUGUGCCACAGAAGUAUGGAUGCAGACAUAUUCAUUUUCGCAGAUUGUGCCAUUAUGUCUGCAUUUACCUCAGGGAACGUGUUUUUUUUUCUUUUCUUUCUGUUGCCUAAUUAAGGUUUCAAAAAGUAUUGUAGCUUUUAUUUUUUCUGUCUUUAAUCUGGAAGCACUUUUUGGCAAAACAAGCCAGUCAGAGCAGAUGCAGUGACGUGGGUUUUUAUGCAAUAAUGGAUGCUUUUAUGGUGCUGGAUUUGUGACCUUUCUCUCCACUUAACACCUAGUAAUGUAAUUGUAAAAAAUAGCAUUUCAUUGUAUCACAGUGACUCAUGUCACGUUAUGGAUUCUUUAAAAGUGCAGGUCAAAAUUUUUUGCCUUUCCAUGUAAAUUAAAUGUUGUUGCUGUUAACAUUUAUUUGGUUUUAACAUAUACUUGUAAAUAGUCUGUAAAUAUGAUAAAUUUUUUCUCACCUUGGAGGCUGUUGUGUUGAAGUGCAAAUAAAACUGGGAAAUUAACGUC